AUGAAACUAACAGCUUUCGGAUUAUUUUUAAUAUUCUCUUUAUUAUUUAUAAAUUACACAUUUUCAUUAGAAUUAUGUGGACCAAGAAGUUGCAAAAAUGGUUCAUUUUGUGUUUCACUUCAAACAACAGCAGUUUGUAGACCAGAAGCACAAGCAUAUACAAUUAUUCAAGUAAAUAUUACAAAUGAAGGUGCAUGGCCAGACUCUGCACAAUUUAAAGGAACAAUUACAAAUAUUUGUGGUGUUAGAAUUAAAAAAAUUGUUUUAGGUGUUCAAAAGUUUGCAAUGUUAAAAUCAUCAGCAAUUUGGAAUGCUCGUUAUUCAAAAGAGUUUGAAGAAAUUACUGUUCCUGAUUUUGCUGAUGGUAUCCUACCGAUAGAAGACCCAUACACUUUUGGAUUUAUUUUAAAAAAUAGUAAUCUACCACCAAUAAUUAUUAAAAGUAUAAGAUUUUAA